AUGCAGAUGAACGGUCAAGUUCAGCCAGGAGGUUUGCCAUGGGGACCAGGCAACCUCAACGCCUAUCCGCCAGCUCCGCAAGCCAUGAUGGGCUUCCAGCCUUCAGUGCAACCAGGCAUCGCCGAUGGAGGCUGUGGGAUGUCCUUCCAAAAUACGAUGCCUGGAAUGCCUGGUGUUCAGGGCAUGCCUGGCCUGAGCACAGGCUCCCCAGCAGAGGUGCAGCAGCAAAUGAUGCUGCUCAUGCAGCAGCAGCAGCAACAACAGCAGCAACAGCAGCAGCAGCAGCAACAGCAGCAGCAACAGCAGCCGCCGACGCCUGCUGUAGACAAAGACCAGCAGGCGUUUGGUCUGGUCGCUGGUUCGCUGAGCUCUGCAGAAAAGGAGUACUACACCACCCUUUGGAGCAUGGCCUGCACAAGUGGAGAAGUGCUGGGUGGAAAGGCUGCCUUUGACUUCCUUUCCAAAUCGCAGCUGCCGCGCGAGAUCUUGAAACGGAUUUGGGACAUCUCCGACCGGCAGAAGCGCGGUCUCGGAUGGGAGGAGUUCGUGGUGACCAUGAAGUUGAUCUCGGCUGCGCAGAAGAAGCAGCUGGUCUCUUUGGAGCGGGUGCUGGAAACUACCGGGCCCACCUCGAGGGACUUCCCGAUCUUCGAUGGCAUCGAUGUUCCGGCAGACUCUGGCGACGUGACUCAGGAGCCCAUGCACGGAGACGUGUUUGCUGAAUUCGCGUCCUUGGCACCUGGCGCUGAGACGUCCGGUGGCACAGCUCCUGAUCUCGGCGCCGGCGCAGCCCUUGCGGACUUGCAAGCGAAUGAUUCGCCCAGCCUGCAGCCCAGCGCGGGCCCUGGAUCUGCACAGCCAGAGGGCAAAGACGAAUGGGCAUCCUUCGACUUGCCGGCGUCCGAUCCAUCCGUGCCGAGUGUGGCUGCUGGUGCUGGGACAGCUGCCCCAAGCCAGACGGAAGAAGGAGAAUGGGCAUCCUUCGACUUCCCGGCGCAGCCGUCGCAGCCGUCGCAGCCGUCCUCGGCCUCUCGAGGCCCAGUGGCGAAGGCCAGCCCAUCCCCACAGUGGGAUGCUUUCGAUGAGCUGGAUGAGAGUCGGGGUGCAGCAGGCAGGGAGCAGGAGGGUCGGGCCAGGCGACUGCAGACAAGUGGGAUGCCUUCAUGGGUGCCAUGGACGAGCCACAGGGCGAAGGCCCCGGCCAAGGCCCCGGCCAAGGCCCCGGCCAAGGCCCCGGCCAAGGCCAACAAGCGGAGGCGGGGCACGAAGGAGAAUGGGCAUCCUUCGACUUCCCGGCGCAGCCGUCGCAGCCGUCGCAGCCGUCCUCGGCCUCUCGAGGCCCAGUGGCGAAGGCCAGCCCAUCCCCACAGUGGGAUGCUUUCGAUGAGCUGGAUGAGAGUCGGGGUGCAGCAGGCAGGGAGCAGGCGACUGCAGACAAGUGGGAUGCCUUCAUGGGUGCCAUGGACGCCCCGGCCAAGGCCAACAAGCGGAGGCGGGGCACGAAGGAGGACCUGGCCUCAGUGGCAACUUGCACCGCCGAACGUAUCUACGGAGUUCAGAAGUUGCCUUUGCUCAGAAUGGGCAUCCUUCGACUUGCCAGCGCCCUCGCCGUCCUCACCUUCAGAUUGGGCCUCGUUUGAUCUUCCGGCCCAGCCUGCGUCGUCAUCACGAGGUGCGCCACCAUCGAAGCCACCGGACGCAGCCGCAGAGGUGAUGGAUGUCUUCAGCAACUUCACAUCGGCGCCUUCUGAUCUGACGGAGGAUGGUGGCCCAAUGGGUGGCGACUCUUCAAGGCCCGCGACGCACAGCAUCGGCAAAGAUUUCGGUGCAAGAGAGGACCUGGGUGCAAGGGAAGAGACAGAGGCCGACAGGCUGGUGCGCAGCCUUUGUGGCCUGGGCCGUUUUGAAGAGGCCUUGCGCUGCAAGGCGAACGGAGAUGUUCUCAGACGCCUGCAGCAUGCAGAGGACAAGAAGAAGGAAGCGGUAGCCAAAGAUGAUUUUGAGGGAGCCAUCCAGAUUCGCAAUGAGAUCAAGGAGUUGAGCAAUGCGCUGGAAGCUGAAGAUGUCGUUGAGGCUUGGAAGCAUCUAGCCGAAAGGGGUGAGAGCGACAGAAGCCUGGAGCGAGCUGCAGAGCAGCUGCAGGAGAGGUGCCAAUGGAUGGGCGAUCCAGUCAGCAGUGCAGCAUUGGGAGUCGCCAUCAACAACUUCAGGCGUGCUUGCCCUGAUCCGCAUGCAAACUGCCUAUCUGUCCUGCCGAGCCUCGUCCGGCAGCAGCGCCGUGCAAGGCAGAUGUGCCGAGCGAUUGAGGCGGUGACAUCACAGAACGUCCUCGUCUUUUUACAGGCAAUACUAGUGUGCAUUCAAGCACUGUGCGAUCUUCUGGUGGAGUGCUCCGCGCAGAUGUCGCAGAUGACGGAUCCCGCAUGGUCCGAGGAGGAGCGUGAGUGCGCUCAAGAAAGUGAUGAGCUGCAUCACCUUCUUCUGGGGCUGUCGGCUCUUCGGCGAUUGCUGUGGCGAUUGGGUCUUGCAGCGGAGCUGUUCAUGUCAGACGGGCAAGCGGAUAACCCAGACACCAAGGCACUGCAGGAUCUGCAAGCCUCCAUGGCUUCCAGCCUGGCCGCAGCCAAGGCGUCUUGGGCGAAGCUCGAGUCUGAUGUGCUGGGCUUGAGGCUCAAUCUCGAGCCUUGGCAUGAAGCCACGUGCUUUGAGGCUGGUGGAUGCACCGACAGCUACGCGGAUUUGCUCACGGCUCCACUGUGCAGGCUCUGCCUCCUGCCGGCCGUGCCCUUGGCUUUGGAGGCAGAGGUCCAGAGCCGCGAUGCUGGGGCCGUGUCGGCGCCAUGGAGAGGCGGUCACUGGCACAUUCAAUGCGCCAACUUCUGGUUGAGGCAUGGUCGCCCCUCGGAGGCUUUUAAGGAGAGUGGCAUGGAAGAUCCGUUCAAAGCUUUCGUGAGUUGA